ACGUGGAGGGCCAUGGGGGAUUUAGUCGACGUGUCCUUAGCUCAAUGUAAUCCGGACUGCCUGUGUAAAGUGAAUGGAGCGAUAUUGGCCAUAUGUUUUAGUACACAAUUCUAUCAACCGAAUAAAACUGGUGCAAUUUUACCCGUGCCUACUGCCUAGGGCAAUUUAAUUACGAAAAUAAAGGAUUUACAGUGGAAAAAAGAGUUCAUAUUAUGUCAAGUGAACGUGGAGAUACAUUGGUAAGACAUAUGGAGGAGGAGCCGUGCAAAGUGGAUAAGUGGAACGGGACUGCGGUCAAGAACGCCUUGGAUGAUGAUAUCCGGAGGAUAUUCACCAAAGUGUUUGAAUACGAAGAGAACCAUUCUUUGAUCGAUAAUCGUCUUGUCCUCUGCAGCGUAGCCUGCAUGUUUGCCAUCGUAGCUCUCAUCUACGACUACCUCAAUCCGUUUCCUGAAUCAAGAUCUGUCCUUGCCUUCUGUGUGCUAGCUUAUUUUGCCAUGAUGUCAUUGUUGACCCUGUAUACGACCAUGAUAGAGAAGAACCAUUUUUUGGUGACGAAUCAGAAGGACCCCGCGGGUCUUGACCCGAGUGAUACCUGGUGUUGUGACUCCUAUAUGAAGAGGUUUGACGAUGAGUACAAUCUCGUCCUUCAGUUCGAGGACGGGAAAACAAAGGAGAAGAGAGAGAGCAGCAUCACAAAAUCGGUCGGCGCCUGGUUUGAUGAGAGUGGUCUGCUUCUCCAUGACCGUUUCCAAAGUGAUGUAUGUAAGCUGCACAAUAGUUUGUUGGCGGAGAAGAAAGACAAGUAGUGCCCCCC